UGCAACUCUGUUGUGGAUCUCAAUAUCAGCUGAUGUAACAAUGACAAGGCCAAACACAAUUUGGGUUUUAAAGUAAAAAAUAUUGUUUUUAAAGCCGGUUAUAUAUUAAUUCUUUAUUGGAGAUAAAAAUCUAGCAAUGUCUUACAACAAAUUGCAUAAAAUUGGUCAAUCGGUCAUUUCUCUCAAGUUUUUGCACUCUGCAAGACUUCAACUACAACAACAACAACUGCGUCAAGUGCAACGUAGUUACAGUCAGUUUAGCUUAAAUCAGCAAUCUAUAACACCAUUUAAUACAUGCAGUUUGCCAAAUAAUAAACGGCUAUGUGUAGUGUUGUUGCCGAUUACUGGAGUUAGUUGCGCCGCUGCCUCACAACUUGCAAAAUCAGAAAAUGCCCCAUCAUCGUCUACCGGUGGUCACCGUCCAGAGGUCGAUGAUAUUGACAGCAACAACAUGUCAGGUCCAGAUCCAAAAAGCGCUAAGACAAUUUACGAAUUCACCGUAAAAGACACGCAUGGUAAUGACGUGUCCUUGGAAAAAUACAAGGGCAACGUUGUAUUGGUCGUCAACAUCGCCUCGAAAUGUGGCUUAACCAAGAACAAUUACGCCAAGUUAACCACUUUAUUGGAGAAAUAUGAGUCACAAGGUUUGCGCAUUUUGAAUUUCCCAUGCAAUCAAUUCAACUCGCAGAUGCCGGAAUCGGACGGUGAAGCUAUGGUCUGCCACUUGCGUGAUGCCAAGGCUAACAUUGGCGACGUAUUUCAAAAGGUUGACGUAAACGGCUCCGGUGCCUCACCACUUUACCAAUUCUUGAAGCACAAGCAAAGUGGCACACUCGGCAGUGCUAUUAAGUGGAACUUCACUAAAUUCCUUGUAAAUAAGGAUGGUGUACCUGUGGACCGUUAUGCUCCCACAACCGAUCCAAUGGACAUUGCGAAAGAUAUCGAAAAGUUACUUUAAGUUCACAUCGAUUUUGUCGAAAUUAAUCUUGAUUGUUAAUCAUAUACAACUUAUUUAAAAUAAGUAAAAAUUACGCAUUAAUCUACAUUUCUAUGUGCUCUGUGCUAUAUAACCAAUGCAGACAUUUAGUUUUGUGUUAUUUUGUGCUAUUUGUGCGCUAUAAUUAUUGUCUAAACCAGUGAUUUAGAAAAGUUUGUCAUUCACUUUUAUUUUGUUGAAUUGCAAAUAAAAAUAAAUUAUUACAAAAAAAGUAAACAAAA